AUGAAGCAACCGGCGACACCAAACGCGGCGGAUGAAACCAUAACGGAACAAAACCAGACCGGAGCAAAGCAGAAAUCGAAGAAAUUCCCAACUCCAACGGAGCUAAUCUCUCACUACCAGAAACGAGGGCUCGAACCAGCAGAAGCAUCGAUUAAGGUCAUCGAAGACCUACAAAACGCGCUGGUCCGAGUCGUUUCGUCCUCCAGGAACGCUUCGAGUAAGGAUAAGCUUUUGACCGACGCGAGAAAAAUCGACGCCAUUAACGGAAGGCUUGCCGUCGUCGACGCCAAAUUGGAGACGAAACCUGGAUACGUUGAGACUUUUGUGUUAGGGUUAGCUUCUGGUACGGUACUUAACGGAAUUAACGCCGUUUGGCCUCACGUUACCAGAGGCAUAGGCCAAGUUUGGUCCGCCGUUAAGAGUGGGACGGAUCCGUCAUCGACCUCUUGA